CUGUCAUCUGUCAUUCGCAAAUGACAAUGUCAACUGUUAUUAUCAUCGUUUUGUAACUUUUGUUUAUAGAGUAUUUGAUGAUGGCUCAGAGAUUUCCAGGUCCUGUACCAAAUCAAGGUCCUGGUGGACCUCCCCCUCAGAGAUACCAACAACCUCCGAAUCAAGGAAUUCGACAAUAUGCACAGCAAAACUUUCCGCAACGGCCCGGUUAUAAUCCUCCUCCUCCGAAUAUUCCAUCAAGCGGUGGUACGAUGAUACAAAGACCUAGUGGUGCUCCUUAUUCGCCCAUGCGAGGCGGGCCUAUGCCUCCUCAGCCGGGAAACAAACGCCCUACCGAUAAUAGAAAUCCGAUGCAACAAAAAAAUAACGACUACAGCCACAGCACUAGUAAAAAGAAAAAAAAGCUUGCAGAUAAAAUUUUACCACAAAAAGUGAGAGAUCUAGUGCCUGAAAGUCAGGCAUAUAUGGAUUUAUUAGCGUUUGAAAGAAAACUCGAUUCUACUAUUAUGAGAAAAAGGUUAGAUAUCCAAGAAGCUCUGAAACGCCCUAUGAAACAAAAAAGAAAGCUAAGAAUUUUCAUUUCGAAUACAUUUUAUCCUGCUAAAGAACCUCAACCUGAAGGACCUGAUGGUCCUUGUCAAGAAGGCUCUGUUGCAUCCUGGGAGUUGAGAGUGGAAGGCAGACUCUUGGAAGAUUCGAAGAAUGACCCUAAUAAAGUGAAGAGAAAGUUUUCUUCUUUCUUCAAGUCUCUUGUUAUUGAACUUGAUAAGGAUUUGUAUGGGCCUGAUAAUCAUUUAGUCGAAUGGCAUAGAACACUGACAACACAAGAAACUGAUGGAUUUCAGGUCAAACGUCCCGGUGAUAAAAACGUAAGAUGUACUAUUUUAUUACUUCUCGAUUAUCAGCCUUUGCAGUUUAAACUUGAUCCUAGACUUGCUCGUCUUCUGGGGGUUCACACUCAAACUAGACCAGUGAUUAUUUCAGCUCUUUGGCAGUAUAUUAAGACACAUCGUCUUCAAGAUGCUCAUGAACGCGAGUUUAUAGUAUGUGACAAAUACUUGGAACAGAUUUUCAAUUGUUCCCGUAUGAAAUUUGCCGAGAUUCCUCAAAGAUUGAACCCACUGUUGCAUCCACCGGAUCCAAUAGUAAUCAACCACGUGAUAUCGGUUGAAGGUGGAGCAGAGAGCAAACAAACUGCUUGUUAUGAUAUUGACGUUGAGGUGGACGACACUCUGAAAACUCAGAUGAAUAAUUUCUUGUUGAGUACAGCUAGUCAACAAGAAAUACAAGGAUUGGAUGCUAAAAUUCACGAAACUGUUGAUACGAUCAAUCAGUUAAAGACUAAUAGGGAAUUUUUCCUUAGUUUUGCGAAAGAUCCGCAGCAGUUUAUACACAAAUGGAUCGUUUCUCAGACUCGUGAUCUCAAGACAAUGACGGAUGUUGUUGGAAAUCCUGAAGAGGAACGAAGAUCCGAUUUCUUCUAUCAACCUUGGGCGCAAGAGGCAGUGUGUAGAUAUUUCUAUACAAAAGUCCAACAGAAACGGGCUGAACUCGAACAAGCACUUGGUAUACGUAAUAAUUGAAAUUUCCCAUAUUUUAAAUGUUAAAAUAAGCUCAUUUUUGUAUUUAUAAUGGUGUAAUGUAAUUUUUUGGAAUUGAUUAUUAAAUAUAUACACGCUUU